CAUGACCGACUCGGUGCUGAGCGCGCACGCGAACGCGUCGGCGGUGUUCCUGAGCACUCCGACGGCUCCCCCGACGCCUACGACGACGCCGCGCGUCUUGCGCCUGGACUCUCGUUCGCUGGUCAUCUCGGCCACGAUGUUCGCUGUAGGUGUGCUCGGGAACCUGGUGGCCGUGGCCGUGCUGUGUGUGUCCAAGAGGGAGCAAAAGGAGACGACGUUUUACACGCUGGUGUGCGGCAUGGCGGUGACGGACCUCCUGGGGACGUGCUUCACGAGCCCCGUGGUGAUCGCGACGUACGUUGCGGGUCGGUGGCCUGGCGGCGUGCCGCUCUGCCACUUCUUCUCCUUCUCCAUGCUGUUCUUCGGCUCGGCCGGGAUGUCCAUCUUGUGCGCCAUGGCCGUGGAGCGCUACCUCGCGAUCAGCCACGCGUUCUUCUACUCGCAGCACGUGGACCGUAACGUGGCGCGGCUCGCCUUGCUCGCGGUCUACGUGGUGAACGGGGUGUUGUGCGCGAUGCCCAGUUUCGGGUUCGGGCGUCACGCCAAGCACGUCCCGGGAACGUGGUGCUUCCUGGACUGGCGCGCGUUGGACGCGCGUGGAGCCGCGUACUCGUUCCUGUAUGGCGGCUUCGUGCUGCUGCUGAUCGCCGUCACGGUGCUGUGUAACUGCGCCGUGUGCCGAUCGCUGGUCGGCAUGAGGAAGAAGACCCGCGUCGUCGCCGCAGCGGCCAGAGCCGAGGCGCACACCGGGCACCUGGGAUCCAGACGCGCCUUCCGCAAAUUGCCCGCAGUCGCCUCGGCGGCCGAGAUCCAGAUGUUCUGGCUUCUGAUUUUCAUGACCAUCGUGUUCCUCAUCUGCUCCAUCCCUCUGGUGGUGCGCAUCUUUGUCAAUCAGCUCUACGGCCCUGCGUAUAUCGCCGCAGGCAUACAGCCAGAUUACCGCAGCGAUCUUCUCGCCAUCCGGUUUGCGUCCUUCAACCCGAUCCUGGACCCGUGGGUGUACAUCCUGUGCAGGAAGAACCUGUUUAGCAAAUGCUGCGAGUGGAUCAAGCGCACCAUGGACCUGAGCAGAGAAAGUCCUGCACGGAGAUCCGGCUGGGUCCUCGGGCAGAACUCACCGGCGUCACUCGUUCACAGCAACGCCACCAGUUACGUCUCGCUGCAUGCAGCCUCGUGCAGAAACGCUGUAGUGAAACUGAACACCGUGACGGCAAAAUCAUACGUCGACUUGAGCGUGCGGCAGGCCUGGGACCUGGACACGGCGGUGGACGACUUUCAUCCGUUCAGCGUGCGCCAGAGCCCGGUUCUGGGCUCAGAAAGCGAAACAGCAUCCGGAUGUGAAAUGACGACCGUAAAGACGUCCGGUUGCGUCCAGGCGACACCGAUGAUGUCCUGCUCAAAAGUGCUUGAACAUAAAGCCGUGAUUGUCACGUGUACCUUCAGCACACCGAGUUCCUGUCUGUCAGAGGAGUGCUGAGGAACAUCACACACACUGAUCCGAUUAAGAGUGCAAAGAAAUGCACUUUCAUCAAUGAACUGUAAUUUACAGGCACAUCUACGGUUAUCGCCGGUGUCUCCUCACGCAUCACGGCAGGAACUACCAUGUUUUUAUCUUUAAUGGACAAAACCAAAUCUGCACUGGAGAAAUGUUUGUUUUUGUUGUUUUUUUUUUUGUUUUUUGUUUUUUUAAAAAUUCAGCUAAUUGUUAAGUUAAGCCCCUCCAUCAGAAUGAAGACAUUUAAUUUCUGUCACCAAUGGACGCUUUAAUGUCAUGUCCAUUGCUAUCGAUUGCAUUAAUAUUAGCAUCGCUAGUUUAGACAGAACCUAUUUUUUGUGCAUCCAAAGCUUCAGAAGUCUGGAAGAACAUUUUGGAUAAUUGCGCGAUGUGAUGUAUGAAGUGAUGUACGAAGACUCGCAAGAUGGUGCCGGUACAGCAUAACGACACCAGGAAACAACUCUCUAUUCAAGUGUGCUGCCAUUUUGUUCGAAAAAAUAAAUCAUACGACAAAAACGACAUCCAUUUCCUGUAUGAGGUCGCGGCCACAAAACCAAACAAAUUCCAGUAAACUCCUUGGAGCAGUCCUUUAACAGCUAUAAC